ACAAACGUUCAGCAGAGAAGUUCAGACUUUGUGAUACGAGUAACUUGUGGGUGAAUCUGAAGGCCAUAAAAGGGCUUGUUGAAACUGAUGCACUGAAUAUGGAAAAUUAUCCAGUUUCAAAGAAAGUGAAUAAUGAUGAAAUUCGCUUGCAAGAAACAGAAGCAAGUUCAGCAAUACGGUUCUUUGAUCGUGCCAUUGGUGUUACUGUUCCACAAUCUUGCUUUCAACCAAUGACGAGAACAUCAGAUUUACUAGUUGUCCAGUCAGAUCUGUACACCUACACUGAAGGCGUUUUAACCCGAAACAGUGCUAGAACAAAUCUUGCUGAUCCUUCAAUUGAAUUAGGACCUGAAUUUGAAAAGCUUAGUGACUUCCAGAGUCGUUUCAAGUCAAUUCCUAGCAUCAUCGAGCUUGAUAGCUUGAAGGUGAUGGGUGAUGUUUGGUUUGGGACUGGUAUAAUUCUCAAGGUAUCAAAUAUGUUUGUGCGUCAUUUUCACACUGCUUUAUUGAGAAGUUGUUUCUAGGAGAGAGCUUUUGUAGGAAUUUUCCCUGAGAAAAUCUUGGUAACAUCAAGAAAUUUUGGAGGGAAACUUCAAAUUUAAAUUUGUGUGCAAAAUUGAAUGCUUAAGGUACAAUAAAUCCAAAAAAAAUCCCUGAACUUUCUCUGUACUUUUCUUCUCAACCAAACAAGGGAAAGUGAAUAGUAUUUUUCUCUUUCCUUCCUCUUUCUU